CUUCUUUCUCAAUCUAAACCAACUCAGUCAUACACUCUCUGAGAAGAGGCAAAAAUCACAUUUUCGACUGUUUUGUAAAUGGAAACCCUAGGUUUUCGCUCUACCAAUCCGCUUCUAGCUCCUCGCCGCACCGCCGCCGGACCUCUAACAGCCUCCUUCAGGACUAGUGUUGCCGUUAAAUGCGGCAUUUCACUUCCAUCGUUGGUGGACCACUCCGUUAAGUUCAAGGAAGCUGCAAAGGAUGGGAAUUUGAUCCCUCUGUACAGACCUAUAUUUUCUGAUCACUUGACUCCAGUGCUUGCAUACCGGUGCUUGGUGAAAGAGGAUGAGAGAGAUGCCCCCAGUUUUCUUUUCGAGUCUGUUGAGCCAGGUUUAAAAGCUUCUAGUGUUGGGCGCUAUAGUGUUAUUGGAGCUCAACCAUCAAUGGAAAUUGUGGCGAAGGAGAACAUGGUGACCAUAGUUGACCACUUUAAGGGAGAGAGGACAGAGAAGUUUUUGGAGGAUCCCAUGGUUGUUCCUCGCAUGUAUAUGGAGAAGUGGAUACCGCAGCGAAUCGAUGAGCUCCCUGAAGCAUUUUGCGGUGGUUGGGUUGGUUAUUUUUCAUACGACACGGUUCGUUAUGUAGAAAAGAAAAAGCUUCCUUUCACAAAAGCUCCUAUGGAUGACAGAAACCUUCCUGAUGUUCACCUAGGCCUUUAUGAUGAUGUAAUUGUUUUUGAUCAUGUGGAAAAGAAAGCAUAUGUGAUACACUGGGUCAGGUUGGAACAGUAUAAAAACGUCGAGGAGGCCUAUCAUGAUGGAAUGAAUAGAUUAGAAGCUUUAGUUUCAAGAGUGCAUGAUAUACAAACUCCUAGGCUUGCUGCAGGUUCAAUAAAAUUACACACUAGCCUUUUUGGUCCCUCUUCGAGCAAGUCCACCAUGACAAGUGAAGAAUACCAGAAUGCAGUAGUAAAAGCUAAAGAGCAUAUCCUAGCAGGGGAUAUCUUCCAGAUUGUCCUCAGCCAGCGAUUUGAACGUCGAACUUUUGCAGAUCCCUUUGAAGUGUAUAGAGCAUUAAGAAUUGUCAAUCCAAGUCCAUACAUGACAUACUUACAAGCAAGAGGCUGCAUCCUUGUUGCUUCAAGUCCUGAAAUUCUCACUCGAGUUAAGAAGGGUAUAGUUACUAACCGGCCUCUAGCUGGAACUAUACGGAGAGGCAAGACAGUACAGGAAGAUUAUAUGCUACAAAAUCAGCUUUUGCAUGACGAAAAACAGUGUGCCGAACACAUUAUGCUUGUUGACUUGGGAAGGAAUGAUGUCGGAAAGGUGUCAAAACCGGGCUCCGUCAAGGUUGAAAAACUGAUGAACAUUGAACGCUAUUCCCACGUCAUGCACAUCAGUUCCACUGUUACUGGUGAGCUUCUACCUAAUUUGACCAGUUGGGAUGCUCUCCGUGCGGCAUUGCCCGUUGGAACUGUCAGUGGAGCUCCUAAGGUGAAAGCUAUGGAAUUGAUUGAUGAACUAGAGGUGACGAGACGAGGGCCUUACAGUGGUGGUAUUGGUGGCAUUUCUUUCUCCGGAGAUAUGGAUAUUGCCUUAGCUUUGAGAACCAUCGUGUUCCCAACCAACAUGAGGUACGACACUAUGUACUCGUACAAGGACAGCGAGAAGCGCCGCGAUUGGGUCGCCCAUCUCCAAGCUGGGGCUGGUAUCGUUGCUGACAGUGAUCCUGCUGAUGAGCAGAGGGAGUGCGAAAACAAGGCCGCUGCUCUUGUCCGUGCCAUCGAUCUUGCAGAGUCAUCAUUCGUCGAAAAGUAACACCUUCUUCAGUUCCCAUACUCCAUCCCACAGAUACCUCGGCAAAUAUAACCUAGUUGUAGAAAGAAAAUUUUCUUUUCACCGUAGGAGUUGGGUUUCCACUCUCUCUCUCUCUCUCUCUCCCUCUCUCUCAAGUUGUAGAUGGAAAAGAUGGCUUAGGAUGGUUGCUUGCUCCAGUUUUUGUUGGACAUUUUGCAAAUCAUGUGAUUCUCAUGUUGUUGCUUGCAAUAUUCUGUUUAUUUAUUACGAGAUGUUGAAAAUUCAAUAAUUACUUUGCAAACA